AUGUCCAUCUUGAUUUGGUUGCGCGACUUUCUCGUCUCAAUCCUUUGGGCUAUAGCAGCAAGCAUCGGCAGAAUCUUUGGUUGCGAGAAGGCCCUCACGAGGCGGUUCUACGCGGCUGGCUCUCUCUUUGGGUUAUCUCCUUGGACCACCGUCAAUACUAAACACGCAACGACCACAGAAAGGAUCUUGGAAUGGAGAGAGAAUAUUCCACCUGGACCGCCCCCGAGACCUCCCAAAAGAUCAAAGCGCAAGUCUACCUCCAGGAGGAAGAAAGCCAUGAAGCAAGCUUGA